GGCGGCAUCAAGUAGCGGCCUUUGACCGCCUUCCGGACCCCCUCUGCACGUGACCAGCGUUUCCGUUCUGUAGCUUCCUGGUGCUGCCGGAAUCCGUGUCCGUCCGGGCUGGAGGGAGAGGCAUCGCUGUCACCCGAGAGUUGUGGCCUGAUCCCCCCCUCUCCUUCCCUCUGCUGAACCUGGCGCUUCCUGCUCCCUCCCGCGAGAGCGAUGAGCGUCUCUGAGCAGCAGCAGCAGCUGCCGCCGCCGCCGCCGCCGCCGCCGCAGGACUCGGCCCCGCUGGAGCCGCCGCCUCUCGGUCUGGGCUGGAGGCCGCCCGCAGUGAGUUCAGGUGAUGCUUCUCCAGAUGAAGGGCUGAUGGAAGAUUUGACUGUUGAAAAUAAAGCUCUGGAGCAACUAGCACAAGGAUUACUUUCUCAUUAUUUACCAGACUUGGAGAGAUCAAAGCAAGCCCUACAGGAACUCACACAGAACCAAGUGGUAUUACUAGAUACAUUAGAGCAAGAGAUUUCAAAAUUCAAAGAAUGUCAUUCUAUUUUGGAUAUUAAUGCUUUGUUUACAGAAGCUAAAUACUAUCACAGCAAGUUAGUGAAUAUAAGAAAAGAGAUGCUGAUGCUUCAUGAAAAGACAUCAAAGUUAAAAAAAAGAGCACUUAAGCUCCAACAAAAGAGACAGAAAGAAGAGUUGGAACGGGAACAGCAGCGAGAAAAAGAAUUUGAAAGAGAGAAACAAUUAACUGCUAAACCAGCUAAAAGGACAGAAAAAAAAACCUAAGCAGCACUCAUCCUGUUAAUGUAUAUAUGUUUAUUUUUAUAUGUAAAUAUAUAUGUGUGUACAUAUUUUUUCCCCUUCCCCUAAUCCAUAUUCUUUGGAUUUAAGAGAGUUUGAUUGGUAGGAUCAGUUUGAUGUAGUGCCUUAUGCCAUUGUUCAUAAUUCUAAUGUGUUUUGCACUCAUUGAAUUGCCAUGUUUUCAUUCUAGUCAUUUAGGAUGCCAUGUUUUUUAUUGGUUGUCAAAAUAUUAAACUGUUGUAAUGUUUAACUUUUUUUCAUCUUAGCUUUUCUCAUACUUUAAAAAAUUAACUGCAUUUUUGCCUCGAUACAUUUAAUGAUAAAAUGGUUUAAUAUCAUUCAUUUUACAUUUAAUAAAAGUACUACUUUGUGUAGUGGCAUUAGGGUUGAAAGAGUAGUAAGGUUCUGUUACUGAACACAUAAAAAAUUUUAAAUUUGUUUUUUAUUUAUUGGAAUGCUUUGCUCUUUUUUGAGCCAAAAAUUUUUUGAUUCUCAGCUCCAUGAUUAAAUUUUUAAAAAUCCAUUGCUUUUGUUAAGAAAGAACUCUAUUGAUGUUGCUAUGCCAGUUGCCUAACAAUACAUGUCAUUGAUAGACGGUGAUUUUGUAAAGCCUGUGUGAGUGUGUAGGAAUUUUUUCAUGGGAAAUUUUAACACAGGAAAUAAAGGCAUGGUAGCAUCUUUGAGAUAGGAAAGUGAGUAAAAGGAAACAAAUUGUCUUUGUAGAACAGAGACCAUGUAGUUGUUUUCCUCCCACCAAUUUCAGGCCUCAUAUAUCUUUAAUGAUGUAAAAUAUUUUGUAUUUUAAGUUGGACUAUUUGAUCUGUAAGCUGGUAUUGUAGGACUACUGUGGUACUCUGACAAUUAACUUCUUUACUUGAAUGUUUAUGAUAUUUAAUAAUAGUUUUCAAGCACUGAAAUGAUAAUUAAGUAGAUAGGGAUACUUAGGACCCAUUUCUUGACUCAUCAGUAUGGUCUCUAACUUUGUCUUGUGAUUUUCUGUGCCUCAUUAGUGCUUACCUUAUUAUUCCAUUGCUUCAUUUUUAAAAUUAAAAUGAUGUAUUGCCUAGCCAUUUUAUAAUGAUGCUAAUGGAUUGAAGAAGGUAGGUAAGGGAAAAUAUUUUGAAUCUUUUAAGAAAGAUACACACCAUUGUGAAACUUAAAUCUUUUUCAGAAAUUGUUUGAGUCUUGCAAGGAAAUACUAAGUAGGAAAAAUUAUAGUUUCACUUUUAAGAUCCAGAGUGUGGAUAUCCCUUUUUUAAUAUUAAGGGGUAUUUGACAGUUGUUUCAUCUCUAUCAUAUAGGGCAUGAGCAGAAACCUAGAAGGGUAUGUGAUUAGAAUGUAUAUCUUUUCUAAUUCACAUGACAAUUUGCAGAUAUUUUUUAUUAAACUAGAAUCUACCUCUGGUCACAUAUCAGGCUAAUACAGAAGGAGAGGAAAAUAUUUGAUUUUUGGAGAAUGUCCCCCCAAAAUUAGGUCUAUUAAUAUCCUUUGAUUAUUUUUCUUCUCAAGUUAAUGACUAAUAAUCAUCACAGUACAUACCUAUAUGACUUUACACUUAUGAAUGUUAAGUUUCACAUGGCUAAAUGUUGAGAUCUCUAUGCAGAAAUUACAUGGAUAAAUUAAAAAAUUUGCAGAAAUAAUAUGACAAAAAUUUCUGUGUAUAAUUUGGUGGAGUUGAGUGGUCUUAAGUUAUUGAGCUAGUUUAAAAUUAUGAUAUAUCCCAUUGUUGUGUGAUCAGUUCUUAUUACCUGCCUACUUAAAUUUUUUUUUUUCCAAGAAAGACUUUAAGACUGAACUCUUAACAGGUAGUAAAUAGAUUGAGAAUUCUGGGUUGCAUGAGUUAUUCAUUUAAUUUGCCAUAUUAAAGUAGUUGAUGAGUUUGCUAUGUAUGGCAAGGCACUUAUGGUUUGUUUUUUUGCAUUUUAAUAACUUGUGUAGCAAGUUGAAAAGCUGAUAUGUAAAUAACCAACCAUUUUUAGGUUGUAAGUCAAAAAGUACAGUUAUUUAGUAAUUGAAACAGCUUACAGAUUUAGCUUUUUCAAAAUAUUACAUAGCUCUCAAAGUGUAUAUAAGAAUAUAAGUGUGUAAGAAAUUGAAAGUUACUAACAAAUUCAUUUGUUACUAUAUUGAGCACAAAAUCAAUAAAAAAACAAUGACUUGAUCCUUA